AUGUCUGAAUAACACUUAUAGGAGAGCAAAUUUACUUAUGUACAGUGUGUUUUAAUUUUAGAGUUCAAAUUUAGUGGUUUAGAGAGAACAUGGUGUUAGAACAGAUGAACCUUCCGGAGAGCCUGAAUCUUUAGUGGGUAAAAUCAAUCCCAGAUUGAUGGGUACUAAGGCAAUCAGAGAAAAACCAACUAAGGGAAAUAAAUAAUAAGGUUUGAAAUUAGAUAGGUAAGUCGAUAUUGAAGUUGAGGAGGGAAUAGGAAUGCCAACAUAUGAAAAUCUAUUGUACAUCCCAAAAACAAAAGAUAAUAGAUUACAUUAUGAAAAAUUAUUAGCGAUAGUAUAUGGGUUAUUUUAAGAACAAUCAUAAGAUGUUAUAAAGUCGAUUGUAGACGAAGUGCUGGCAAUAAUGAAGAGUGAGAAUUUGAAAGAUUCGGAGAAAAGACAAGAAGUAGAAGCUAUCAUAGGAAAAUUGUCAAAUGAACUAUUUUCGGAUAUUGUGUUGUCAACUAAGGCAAUAACUGAUUAUCAGCCUGAGGUUGGCUCAAAAGGAAAUGAUGAAAUGGAUUUGCCAUUGAAUUUGGAAGAGGAGUAAGAAUCUAGUGAUGUUGAUCAGAUUAUAGAGGAAGAGGAUGAGUGGGAAGAAUAAAAUGAAUAAGCAAUAAAAACUAAGUUUUAGGAGGAAUAAAACAGAAAUAAAUUGUUGGAUAUUGAUGGAUUUUGGCUAUAGAGAGAACUAUAGAAAAUUUACAAAGAUCCAAUAUAAGCAUAGCAGAUGGAGUAGACAGUAUUGGACAUAAUAAAAUUGCAAUCUGAUAUUGAAUGUGAAAAUCAACUUGUCUAACUUUUUGGUUAAGAAAAGUUUGAUUUGAUUAGAUUAUUACAUCAAAAUAGAUGUAAAAUCUAUUUUUGCACUUUAUUAAGCAGAGCUUAGCAUGUUGAAUAAAUACAAUAAAUUCAUUAGUAAAUGGAAUAGACUUAAGAAGGAAUGAGGUUGUUGAUAGAAUUGAAAAAGCAGAACAAAUACAAUAAAAAUACAACUCAAUUACAAAUAACAUAGGAAGAUAUUGAAUAGUUUGAGAAUAUAAGCAUAGUAGAUUAAGAUUUGUAAGGAAUAUCAAAGAAAGUUAUAGAUUUAGAACAAUUACAAUUUAUAUCUCAAGGCCACUUAAUGUCAAAUGAGAAAUGUCAUCUACCUCCUCGUUCUUUGAAAGUAAGUAAGAAAGGCUAUGAGGAAAUCUAUAUACCUGCACCAAAAUGUAAUAUAAGAAAAUCUACUCUGAUUUAGAUAAAUGAGAUGCCUGAAUUCGCAUAAUAAGCAUUCAGGGGUUUCAAAGAAUUAAAUACAAUUCAGAGUAUUGUUUAUGAAACAGCUCUUUUAAGUGAUGAGAAUAUGCUAAUUUGUGCUCCAACAGGUGCAGGUAAAACUAAUGUAGCACUCUUAACAAUGUUGUAAACUAUAGGUCAAUAUUAUGAGCAUGGCAUUGUGGAUAUUUAAAAAUUUAAAAUUAUCUAUAUAGCCCCAAUGAAGGCUUUGGUAAACGAAAUGGUACAUAAUUUCUAAAAUAGAUUAGAACCCUAUAACAUUAAAGUUGCUGAAGUAACAGGUGACACUCAUUUAACUAAACAUUAAUUAAAUGCCAUUCAAGUUUUGAUAGCAACACCUGAAAAAUGGGAUAUCUUAACACGUAAAACUUAAUAGAAUGACUUCAUUCAGUUAGUGAGAUUAGUAAUUAUUGAUGAAAUACACCUAUUGCAUGAUAGUCGAGGUCCUGUUAUUGAAUCAAUCAUAGCAAGGACAUUGAAAUCAAUGGAAGAAAGACAAGAGUAUGUGAGGAUAGUUGGAUUAUCAGCUACACUCCCAAAUUAUGCAGAUGUUGCCACUUUUAUAAGAGUUAAACAGUCAGGAGUGUUCUUUUUUGAUAAUUCCUUCAGGCCUGUUCCAUUAUAAUAACAAUACAUAGGAAUUAAUGAAAUGAAACCUAUCAGAAGAAUGCUCUUAAUGAAUGAGGUUUUAUAUGAGAAAGUCAUUGAAAGAAUUACUAAAUCAUAAAUCUUGGUCUUCGUCCAUUCUCGAAAAGAAACUGUUAAAACUGCUAAAACUCUUAAAGAAAUGGCUUUUUCGAAGGAUGAGUUAUCUAAUUUUAUUAAAGAGGAGAGUUCUUCCAAAAAAAUACUAGAGACUGUUAUUGCACAAGAAGACAUCAAAUCAUUAGAUUUGAAAGAAUUGCUAGCAAGUGGAAUAGGUAUACAUCAUGCAGGAUUAUGUAGAGGGGAUAGAGAUUUAGUGGAAAGUCUCUUUGAAAAAAAGAAUCUACAAAUAUUAAUAUCAACUUCAACAUUAGCUUGGGGAGUGAAUUUGCCUGCACAUACUGUUAUUAUUAAAGGAACACAAAUUUAUUCCCCUGAAUAAGGGAAGUGGAUCGAAUUAAGUCCCUAAGAUAUCUUGUAAAUGAUGGGUAGAGCAGGUAGACCUAGAUAUGAUACAUCUGGGGAAGGAAUAAUACUAACAACAUACUAAGAAUUAAAAUAUUACUUAUCUCUUUUGAAUAUGCAGUUACCGAUAGAAUCAUAAUUCAUCACUCAAUUAGCAGAUCAACUCAAUGCUGAAGUUGCCUAAGGAAAUAUAAAAAAUCUGAAGGAUGGCGUGAAUUGGUUGGCUUACACUUAUUUAUAUGUCAGAAUGCUCAGAAAUCCAACAUUAUAUAACAUACCAGAUUUUAAUAAUGAUUAGUAUUUAAUUAAAUAUCGUGCUGACCUUCUGCAUUCUGCUUCCCUGUUAUUAGAUAAGAAUAACUUGAUUACUUACGAUAAAAAGACUGGUAAUUUGGAAAGUACGAUUUUGGGUAAGAUUGCCAGCAAUUAUUACAUCAAAUACCCCAGUAUGUAGAUAUAUAAUCAACAUCUGAAGUAGAAUAUGGGCAUGAUAGAUAUAUUCAAAGUAUUUUCUUUAUCUUAUGAAUUCAAAUUAAUUCCAAUCAGAGAAGAAGAGAAAAUAGAAUUAUCUAAAUUAAUGAUGAGUGUACCUGUGCCCAUCAAAGGAUCCCCUGAAGAUCCUUCAACUAAAAUUAAUGUGCUCCUUUAAGCCUAUAUUAGCAGAUUGAAAUUAGAAGGAUACGCUUUGAAUUCAGAUAUGGUUUAUAUAACAUAAAGUGCAGGUAGAAUUAUGAGAGCAUUGUAUGAAAUAUGCUUACAUAAAGAGUGGGCUUAGAGUUCUUUGCAAUGUCUCUAAUUAUCUAAAAUGAUUGAAAAGCGAAUGUGGAAUUGCAUGACCCCCCUAAGAUAAUUUAAAGGAUUGCCAGAUGAUUUAUUAAGAAGAAUCGAAAAGAAGGAAGGAAUUACUUGGGAACAUCUUUAUGCAAUGUCGUCUUAAUAAUUAGGAGAAUUGAUUAGAUAUCAAAAUCAGAACAUGACUAAAUUGAUUCAUAAAUACAUUCACAAAUUUCCAAAAAUUGAAAUCUAAGCUUUUGCUUAGCCAAUAACUAGGUCCUGUCUUCGAAUAGAUCUGAUGCUAUCAUGUGACUUUUAAUGGGAUGAAAAACUUCAUGGAAGAUAAGAACCUUUCCACAUUUUUGUUCUGGAUUCUGAUGCUGAAAAAAUACUAUAUCAUGAACUAUUCCUAAUGAAAUAGAAAAAUCAAGAAAUGUAAUUUACACUCACAGUUGCAUUGUUUGAUGUCAUGCAUCCAAUAUAUUACAUCAAAGUCAUAUCAGAUAAGUGGAUAUCAUGCGAAACUGAGUAGCCUAUCCCUUUCAAAAAUCUUAUCCUGCCUCAACCAUUUAAUAGAUGUACUGAAUUGCUUCAAUUGACUCUGCUAUCUAUUGAUUAAAUUAAACAUUCAUAAAUCGAAAAUAUUCUAGCUAAGAAAAUAAUGCAUAAUAGAUACUUUGAUUAGAUUCAGACUUAAGUAUUUCAAAAUUUAUAUCAAUCGAAUGAUAAUAUCUACAUUGGAUCAUCAACCUAUUAAUCAAAAAGCAUAUUACCAUUCCUAGCUAUUUUGCAAAUGAUCAAUAAUUUUAAAGGUUUUAAAGCAAUCUAUAUCUCAUCUAUCAAUUGUGAAGUUAAGUUUAAUUAAUUUAUUUAAUUAUUUACUAAGACACUAUCAUUAAAAAUAGGCUAACUAACCGGGUAAUUUUAAACAGACAACAAAAUCUUGGAAUAAUCUGAUAUUAUCAUUUCAAAUCCAGUUAAUUGGGAUAUAAUGAGUAGAAGAUGGCGAUCUAAAAAAGGAUUUAAAAGUAUAAGAUUAUUGAUAGCUGAUGAUUUACACACUCUCAAUCAAUCUGGAAGUGUUAUGGAAGUUGUUGUGUCAAGAAUGAGAAUGAUAUCAAUGGAAAUUCCUUUUAGAAUUGUUGGUUUAUCACUAUCUGUUGCAGAUUAUAAAGAAAUGAGCGAAUGGUUAGGUAGUAAACACACAUUCAACUUCUCACCUGUUAUUAGACCUAAUAAUAUCUAAAUCUAGAUUAGUUCUUUCGAUCAAUGCUAGAGACCAUUAAGAAUAUAAGCAAUGAUCAAAUAAUUAAAAACUAGCUUAUCUCCAUCAGAACUAAACAUAAUCUACGUUUCUGAUAGAAAAUAAGCAAGAGUCUGUGCCUUAGAACUCAUGAUCAACAAUGAUUAUUAAUUAUCUGGAUUCUAAAUUAAAGAAGACUAAUAUCUUUAGCACACUCUUUAAGCAUCUGUCGGAUUCUUAUAUGAAUGUAUGGAUCCUUAAGAUGAAAGUGAAGUUUUAAAGUUCAUUUAAUUAAACGAAUUGAAGAUCGUGGUUCUUCCAUACAAGCAAGCCUUACAUUAUAAUUUAAAAGGAUAUGUCUUUAUUUUGGACAAUCAAAAAUACGACGGCAUUGAAAAAAGAUAUGUAGAUUAUACGAUUGCAGAAAUGUUAGAAAUGGUAGAAAGUACAACAACUUAAUGCCAUAUCCUAACAUACACUCCUAGGAAGGAAUACUAUAAGAAAUUUUUAUAUGAACCAAUGCCAAUUGAAUCCCAUUUAAAUCACCAUUUAGCCAAUCAUUUGAAUGCUGAAAUAGUGGCAAAGAAUAUUCACAACACUCAAGAUUGUAUUGAUUGGAUAACUUGGACAUUUAUGUAUAGAAGAUUAACAUAAAAUCCAAAUUACUACAAUCUUCAUGAAGUUAAUGGAGUAGCCAUUAAUAAUUAUCUCAGUGAACUUAUUGAAACUACAAUCGAUGAACUACAUGAAAGUAAAUGCAUUGCAGUAGAAGAGGAUAAUGAAUUAGAAGCCAUAAACUCUGGAAUUAUAGCAAAUUACUAUUAUAUCAACGUUGAAACUGUUAAGAAUUUCUCUGAUAAAAUUAAUUCUAACUCAAAAUUAAGAGACCUCCUUUUCAUUUUAUCUGAAGCAAAAGAAUUCGAAGUACUUAAUAUUAGGAACGGAGAAGAAAAUCUGCUUGCAUAAUUACUCUCCAAGAUUCCUUAUUAACCAACCAAUCCAAAAUUGAAUGAACCAAACACUAAGGCAUUAAUACUGUUAUAAGCUCAUUUAUCUAGAAUUAAAUUAAAUUCAGAUCUCAAAUCAGAUCUUAAUAUUUUAGAAUUGGCUAUUAGGUUGAGCACUGCAAUGGUGGAUAUAGCUUCAUCCAACUUAUGGCUUAAACCUGCUAUUCUCUCCAUGUAAAUCUGUUAAAUGAUUGUCUAAAGUCUUUGGAUUGAUUAAGACAGUGUCCUACUAUAAUUGCCUUAUUUUGACUAAAAUACAAUUUAAAUACUUAAAGAAAGAAAUGUUUAAGAUUGGGCAGACUUUUUUGAUAUGCAAGAAUCCGAUAGAACCUUAAUUUUGUCAAACUUUGCAUCAAGUUAAGUUGAGGAAAUAGCUUAAGCUGGAAACAGGUAUUUAUUUUCUUUUAAUUUAGAAUACCUUCUGUUGAAAUUACUGAUAUCAUAUCGGAUCCUUAAGUUAUAUAAGGAGAAGUUUUUCAUGUCUAAGUUAUUUUGACAAGGCAAGAUAACAUAUACACUGAUUAUGUCAUUGCUCCAAAUUAUCCUAAACCAAAAGAAGAAUAAUGGUGGGUAUUGUGUGCUGAUCGAAAAUCAAAUAGAUUAUUUGGUAACAAAAAGGUCUCUUUUUAAACAAAUAUUAAAGUAGAUCUGAGAUUUUAAGCUCCAGAAGCUGGUGAUUAUGAUUUGACUAUCUAUGCUAUUUGUGACUCCUAUAUUGGUGUAGAUACGACAUCUCAAUUUCGAUUAACUGUUAGUCCUAUCAUUGAAUAAGAAUAAGAAUAAUGAG